GACUUAUUACAUUUUAUAACAAACCUCAUCUGUCGUAUAUUUGGAUUCGCUGAGCAGCCUGUGAGUGUAGCUAACCAGAGUAGCCCGUUUCUGCCAUGAGUCGCUACUAGCGAGGCUACAUCAGUUCAAGGCAGAAGAUCGCUAAACAGGUGCUGCUCAUAUUUGACAUCAGUGACUGAGAACUGAACAGGCCAAGAGAGAAACCCACUGUUCCCCUCCCCGACCUCCCAAUCCUGACCCUCUCUGAAACACAUCUCUCAAAAUGAAUGAAGUCAAUAUAGUCAGAGAGGGCUGGCUCCAAAAAAGAGGUGAAUACAUCAAGACGUGGCGGCCCAGAUAUUUCAUCUUAAAGAGCGACGGUUCUUUCAUCGGCUACAAGGAGAAACCUGAUCUGAAUGACCAGAGUUCACCACCUCUCAACAACUUCUCAGUGGCACAAUGCCAGUUAAUGAAGACUGAAAGACCCAAACCAAAUACCUUUGUCAUCCGUUGCCUACAGUGGACCACAUUCAUCGAACGAACCUUUCACGUGGACACGAAUGAGGAGAGAGAGGAGUGGAUGCGGGCAAUUCAGUCUGUGGCCAACAGUCUGAAGAUGCGCGAGGAGGAAGACGAGGAGCCCAUGGACGUGUUCGGUUCUCCCAGUGAAUGCAGCCUGGAGGAGAUGGAGGUGGCUAUGUCGAAGAGUCGCACCAAAGUGACAAUGAGUGACUUUGAGUAUCUGAAGCUGCUUGGCAAGGGGACGUUUGGGAAGGUGAUUCUAGUCAAAGAGAAGUCCACUGGAGUACAUUAUGCCAUGAAAAUACUGCGCAAGGAGGUCAUCAUAGCCAAGGAUGAAGUGGCCCACACAGUUACAGAAAGCAGAGUGUUACAAAACACACGACACCCUUUCCUCACUACACUGAAAUAUGCCUUUCAAACCCAUGACCGGUUGUGUUUUGUAAUGGAAUACACCAACGGAGGCGAGCUCUUUUUCCACCUGUCACGUGAGCGAGUGUUCACAGAAGAUCGGGCACGCUUCUACGGCGCAGAGAUUGUGUCUGCGCUGGAGUACCUCCACUCACGUGACGUUGUUUACCGCGAUCUGAAGCUGGAGAAUCUGAUGCUGGACAAGGAUGGCCACAUUAAAAUCACAGAUUUCGGCCUGUGUAAAGAGGGUAUCACAUCUGACGCCACCAUGAAAACCUUCUGUGGAACUCCUGAGUACCUGGCACCUGAGGUCCUGGAGGAUAAUGACUACGGGCGUGCAGUGGACUGGUGGGGUCUGGGCGUCGUCAUGUACGAGAUGAUGUGCGGCCGCCUUCCUUUCUACAACCGGGAUCACGAGCGUUUAUUCGAGCUCAUCCUCAUGGAGGAGAUCCGUUUCCCCAGGAACCUGUCACCCGAGGCCAAGUCUCUGCUGGCCGGCCUGCUCAAGAAAGACCCCAAGCAGAGGUUAGGUGGAGGUCCCAAUGACGCCAAAGACGUAAUGAGUCACAUAUUUUUCAUCACCAUCAACUGGCAAGAUCUGGAACAGAAGAAGAUUACCCCAAUUUUCAAACCCCAAGUCACAUCGGAGACGGACACCCGGUACUUUGACGAGGAGUUCACAGCGCAGACCAUCACACUCACACCUCCAGACAAGCAACUCAACCUGGACUGUGAGGACCCCUCCCAGCAAGCACAUUUCCCCCAGUUCUCCUAUUCUGCAAGCAUAAGAGAGUGAUGCAUCUCCACCAUACACACACGCACACACACACACACACACACACACACACAUAUACACAAACACACAGGCAUACAAACAGGAAGCGUGAUGGCUGCCUUGGCUGUCAGCUGCUCCAAACUGACCAGAAUCUCUUUUAUGGGGUUUUGGUCCCAGCAGGAUCUAAGUGCCUAGGCUGGCGGCCAUUUUGUUUUAUACAGACCCCGUUUGUCCACACUACGGACAGAGCCUGGCCACAUUGGCUGUACUGUAUCAAACUGGACUUCAGUAGCUCACCUAUCCAUCAGCACAACUCGACAACCCAAUCAGGACUCUAGCACCUUCAGAUGGCCUUCAGUAACACACGACUGCUGCUGCUUUUUCAGACUGUCGAACCACCGCUCACUGUUUUCUCUCUCUCUCUCCCGUUCACGGUCUUUUGAAAAGCCAUACGGUUUUUUUAACGCUGUUUCCAAGUGCUCUUCUUCAGAACUAGCUGUUGCCACUUGUUAUAGACUGGUUCUUUAAUGAGGGAGGAAGAAGCGUGGCAGUUUGUUGGCUAUUUUUUUCUGCUAGGUGUGUGUGUGUGUGUGUGUGUGUGUGUGUGUGUGUGUGUGCGUGUGCGUUAUUUUUUUAUAAAACGGGGGCAUCGAAUCCAAACUGAAUGUCAUCAGUUUUAUCGGAGCGAGUGCGUGAGAGCAUGAGGUUUUGUGUGGAUGUAUUUACACGCCUUUGCUCACGGUGUGUCAGGAACAACAGACGAAAUAGUGAUAUGAAAUAACCCGGGCGUCUGCGUGGUGGAAACCUUUUUACAGACAUCUACGACUGUAUGCAACGAAAAAGAAUCGCUUGUAUAAGAGUUUGCUCAUCUCAGAAUGUGAUCUCUGUUCACAGAUCUGUCAAAUGUGACAGCUAAUGAUGGAAAUUGGGAAUGCCGAAAUACACAAGGUGUAUAUGUUAUUUUUUUUAAGCAAGGAUUUUUAAUUCUGACACAUUUUUUGAUCUUUUUUGAUCACCAAAAUACACACCAGCCAUGUGAUUUAAGAGAGUCAAUAAGCACUUGGUGAUUUAAAGCAGACCUCAUUUUUUUUCUGUGAUUGGACCAUGUUCACAGUGUAGCUAAAAGCAUCUGCAGUCGGUGUCAGUGCUGUGAUUUCAGCAUCUGUGCCCAAGGUCCAACAGCUGGCUGCAUUCUUAAACAUUGAAAUCUUUGCUGACAGGUAGUACCUGAUGUUGAAAUCUCAAUUUAUUCUUGAUUCUGACUGAAAUGUUGCUUUAAUGCAGAGAAUCAAAGCUGACAGUAAUGUGCUUUUUCUUCAACAUAUAGUGCAUCUGGCCUGAUUUAACACAGACUUCUUUUGUUUAAUGAAAAGGAUGUGGUCAUGUAAAAAAGAAAAGUAACUGUUCAUUGUUUGUACUAAUACUAAAAGUAUUUCAUCAACUUUAGUAUCAAAAACAACUGUAAAGCGGCACAAAAACACAUAAAUCACCUACGUUUUAUUUCCUCUUAGGUGCUUUGUAACUUCACAUUCACCAAAUUCUCCCAAUAAUGUUCAUCCUUAAAAGUAUAUCAUGACUAUUUUCGUUAAAAAUCACUAAAAACUCAGGCACUGGAAUGUUCUAGAACACAGUUUGUUCAAUUUCUGAGACCGUGUAUGAUCCAGUCUGACAUAUUUUAAUUUCUACAACAGGAACAGUUUUUAUAAUAGGAAAAUACAGAAAAUAACAAGUCUUACUCUUUCAUGGCAUCCAACCUGCUGCUGCUGCUGCUGUGAAUGUGCCGCUAAACUGGACACGGAGCUGCCGUACGCUGUGAACAUGGUCCAUUGUUGUUAGAUUUUGUGUUUGAGUGCAAUUGUGACUUGUUGCGAGGAUGUCUUUUUAUUAUAUUCAAAUUGUUCCCAACUAUUAUAAAAUCACUGCGUAACGAAUAGUAACAAGGAAGGGGCGCACCAUUUCAGUUAGUGGGUGUUUUACUGUAAAUGAAAACGUGCCCUCCUUCGUACUGGUGCUAUGCUGUGGAGUCACUGGUGAGAAACGAAGGGCCGCUGCAGACGACCUGCUCAACUUCCCGUUGCUCACAGAGCCUUCUGCCACAUAUGCUGUUGAGAAAUAAUUUCCGUUAUUUUUGUCUUUUUAUUUUUGUUUGUAUUUUUCUCCCCCUUCUGGAUUUACUUUUCGACUUUGCUGUCCUCCCUGAUCCUUUCUUCUCCCAGAACCUUCUUCAGAGAUAGUCUGAAAUUAAGGAAAUUCACAACGGUUGAAAGAAAAUUUGUUUUUCGGUUACAUUAUUCUGUUCAAGCAAUUUAUUUCUAUUUGUCUAUGAAUGUAAUUCUGAAAGACAAUGAUUGAAUACACGUUUUUAACUGUCUUAAUACA